GAGAUUCUCAGGUACGGGGCGUGGCCUUGGCGGCGGCCUUCUAAAAGCUCUCCCAGGUGAUUCCAACCUGUAGUAACACUUGAGAACUGCGUGAGGUGGGGACUUCAACUUUUACUGGCCUUAUUUUCCUCCUAUGUAAAAGGUGGACAAUAUGCAAGUGGUCCUGACUUUGCUUCCAGAUUUUGGCAACUCCAGAGCCCUAGUUCGGUCUGGAGAGCCAGCUUCCCGCCCCGUGUCCUAAGGCCUCUGUCCGAGAACCCAAAGUCCUGGGAAUGGACCCGCGGGAGCGGACCCGCGGGAGCAUCUGUGACGCCGCUCAGCAACCCGGCGCCGCCCCGGCGGCUCCGACGUGGCCCCGGGUCCGGCUGGCGUGGGCUCUCCAGGCCGCACCCACUAAACCGCACCGGAGCGGGACACGCAUGCGCCGGCCUGGACCCGGCACCCAGUAACGGACUCGAGCUCCCCCCACCGGAAGUGGGCAGCCGCGCACCGGGAAGAGCCGGCCGAAGCGUGGCGGCCACAGACUGUGGGUACCGGGUCCGAGGGACUCGCGCUUUUCUCUCCGUGCCAUGGCGCCAGCGAAAGCCACGAACGUGGUGCGGCUGCUACUAGGCUCCACAGCGCUGUGGCUUUCGCAGCUCGGCUCCGGGACGGUCGCCGCGUCCAAGUCGGUGACGGCCCACUUGGCCGCGAAGUGGCCCGAGACCCCGCUGCUGCUGGAGGCAAGUGAAUUUAUGGCAGAAGAAAGUAAUGAAAAAUUUUGGCAGUUUUUGGAAACUGUGCAAGAAUUAGCAAUUUAUAAGCAAACAGAAUCAGAUUAUUCUUAUUACAACUUAAUCCUGAAGAAAGCUGGACAGUUUCUAGACAAUUUACACAUCAACCUUUUAAAGUUUGCUUUCUCUAUAAGGGCAUACUCCCCAGCUAUUCAGAUGUUUCAGCAGAUUGCAGCUGAUGAGCCACCACCAGAUGGUUGUAAUGCAUUUGUGGUUAUUCAUAAGAAGCACACCUGUAAAAUUAAUGAGAUUAAAAAGCUGCUGAAGAAAGCUGCUUCAAGGACUAGACCUUAUCUAUUUAAAGGAGAUCACAAAUUUCCUACAAACAAAGAGAACUUACCAGUGGUGAUUCUCUAUGCCGAAAUGGGUACUAGAACAUUUAGUGCAUUUCACAAAGUAUUGUCUGAAAAAGCUCAAAAUGAGGAAAUUCUGUAUGUUCUUCGCCAUUAUAUUCAGAAACCAAGCUCACGGAAAAUGUACUUAUCUGGGUAUGGUGUGGAGCUAGCAAUUAAGAGUACAGAAUACAAAGCACUGGAUGAUACCCAAGUUAAAACUGUGACUAAUACUACUGUAGAGGAUGAGACUGAAACAAAUGAAGUUCAAGGAUUUCUCUUUGGGAAACUAAAAGAAAUAUAUUCAGAUCUUAGAGAUAAUCUGACAGCAUUCCAAAAAUACCUGAUUGAGAGUAACAAACAAAUGACGCCUUUGAAAGUCUGGGAACUACAAGAUCUUAGUUUUCAAGCAGCUUCUCAAAUAAUGUCCGCUCCAGUUUAUGAUGCCAUUAAAUUAAUGAAAGACAUUUCACAGAACUUCCCCAUAAAAGCCAGAUCUCUAACCAGAAUUGCUGUAAAUCAACAUAUGAGAGAAGAAAUAAAGGAAAAUCAAAAGGAUCUUCAAGUUAGAUUUAAAAUUCAGCCAGGCGAUGCUCAUCUAUUUAUAAAUGGCCUUCGUGUUGAUAUGGAUGUUUAUGACCCUUUUAGUAUUUUGGAUAUGCUGAAAUUAGAAGGAAAAAUGAUGAAUGGCCUUCGCAAUCUUGGGAUCAAUGGGGAAGAUAUGAGCAAAUUUUUAAAAUUAAAUUCACACAUUUGGGAAUAUACUUAUGUAUUAGAUAUUCGACAUUCUUCUAUAAUGUGGAUUAAUGACUUAGAAAAUGAUGAUUUGUAUAUUACAUGGCCUACAAGUUGCCAGAAACUUCUGAAGCCAGUAUUUCCUGGAAGUGUACCUUCCAUAAGGCGCAAUUUUCAUAAUUUGGUUCUGUUUAUUGAUCCGGCCCAAGAAUAUACCUUGGAUUUUAUAAAACUUGCUGAUGUUUUCUAUUCUCACGAAGUUCCUCUUAGAAUUGGUUUUGUGUUCAUUCUUAAUACAGAUGAUGAAGUUGAUGGAGCAAAUGAUGCUGGAGUUGCUCUUUGGCGAGCUUUCAACUAUAUUGCAGAAGAAUUUGAUAUAUCAGAAGCAUUUAUUUCUAUAGUACACAUGUACCAAAAAGUGAAGAAGGAUCAAAAUAUACUCACUGUGGACAAUGUGAAGAGUGUUCUCCAAAAUACAUUUCCUCAUGCUAAUAUUUGGGAUAUUUUGGGAAUUCAUUCUAAAUAUGAUGGAGAAAGAAAGGCUGGAGCAAGCUUUUAUAAGAUGACUGGCCUGGGUCCUUUGCCUCAAGCUCUUUAUAAUGGUGAACCCUUUAAACAUGAAGAGAUGAAUAUUAAAGAACUAAAAAUGGCUGUUCUUCAAAGAAUGAUGGAUGCAUCUGUAUAUUUACAAAGAGAAGUUUUUUUGGGCACAUUAAAUGAUCACACGAAUGCAAUUGAUUUUCUAAUGGAUAGGAAUAAUGUUGUACCCCGUAUAAAUUCUUUGAUUUUGCGUACUAACCAGCAGUACCUCAAUUUAAUAUCUACAUCAGUAACUGCUGAUGUUGAAGAUUUCUCUACUUUCUUUUUCUUGGAUUCACAAGAUAAGAGUGCUGUAAUUGCAAAGAACAUGUAUUAUUUAACCCAAGACGAUGACAGUAUAAUUUCUGCAGUCACUCUCUGGAUUAUUGCAGAUUUUGAUAAGCCUUCUGGGAGAAAACUUCUUUUUAAUGCGUUAAAGCACAUGAAAACAAGUGUUCAUAGUCGGUUGGGGAUUAUUUAUAAUCCUACAUCAAAAAUAAAUGAAGAGAACACAGCUAUUUCUAGAGGAAUUUUGGCAGCUUUUCUUACACAGAAGAACAUGUUUUUGAGAAGCUUUCUUGGGCAACUGGCAAAGGAAGAAAUUGCUACAGCUAUUUACUCUGGAGAUAAAGUUAAAACAUUCCUUAUUGAGGGGAUGGAUAAGAAUGCUUUUGAGAAAAAAUAUAAUACUGUUGGAGUGAAUAUUUUUCGAACUCACCAGUUGUUCUGUCAAGAUGUACUUAAAUUACGUCCUGGAGAAAUGGGUAUUGUCAGCAAUGGGAGAUUCUUAGGACCUUUAGAUGAAGAUUUUUAUGCAGAAGAUUUUUACUUGUUGGAAAAGAUAACAUUUAGUAAUUUAGGAGAGAAAAUUAAAGGCAUUGUUGAAAAUAUGGGAAUCAACGCAAAUAACAUGAGUGACUUUAUUAUGAAAGUUGAUGCCCUUAUGUCCUCUGUGCCUAAGCGUGCAUCUCGAUAUGAUGUCACAUUUCUUAGGGAGAAUCACAGUGUUAUAAAGAUGAAUCCUCAAGAGAAUGAUAUGUUCUUCAAUGUCAUUGCUAUUGUUGAUCCAUUAACAAGAGAAGCACAGAAAAUGGCACAGUUGUUGGUUGUACUUGGCAAGAUUAUCAACAUGAAGAUAAAGUUGUUCAUGAACUGUAGGGGCAGGCUUUCAGAAGCCCCUUUAGAAAGCUUUUACCGUUUUGUUCUGGAACCAGAACUGAUGUCAGGGGCUAAUGACGUUUCUUCUCUUGGACCAGUGGCAAAAUUUUUGGAUAUUCCUGAAUCACCCCUCCUAAUCCUCAACAUGAUUACUCCAGAAGGCUGGUUGGUUGAAACAGUGCACAGCAACUGUGACCUUGAUAAUAUUCACUUAAAGGAUACUGAGAAAACUGUUACAGCAGAAUAUGAACUAGAAUACUUACUGCUGGAAGGACAAUGCUUUGAUAAAGUGACAGAACAGCCUCCUCGGGGUCUGCAGUUCACACUAGGCACAAAAAAUAAACCUGUUGUGGUUGAUACAAUAGUGAUGGCCAAUCAUGGGUAUUUUCAAUUAAAAGCAAACCCAGGUGCUUGGAUACUGAGGUUGCACCAAGGAAAAUCUGAAGAUAUUUAUCAAAUAGUUGGGCAUGAAGGAACUGACUCUCAAGCAGACCUAGAAGAUAUCAUUGUUGUAUUAAACAGCUUCAAAAGCAAGAUACUCGAAGUAAAAGUGAAAAAAGAAACAGACAAAAUUAAGGAAGAUAUCCUUACCGAUGAAGAUGAAAAAAAAAAAGGACUGUGGGAUUCCAUUAAAAGUUUCACAGUAAGCUUGCAUAAAGAAAACAAAAAGGAAAAAGAUGUCCUAAACAUUUUUUCAGUUGCUUCUGGUCAUUUAUAUGAACGUUUUUUAAGAAUUAUGAUGCUUUCUGUUUUGCGUAACACCAAAACACCAGUGAAAUUCUGGUUGCUAAAAAAUUAUCUCUCACCGACAUUUAAAGAAGUAAUUCCUCACAUGGCUAAAGAGUAUGGAUUCCGAUAUGAACUAGUUCAAUAUAGGUGGCCCCGUUGGCUUCGUCAACAGACUGAAAGACAGAGGAUUAUUUGGGGUUACAAAAUUCUUUUCCUUGAUGUUCUUUUCCCACUAGCAGUGGACAAAAUCAUUUUUGUUGAUGCUGACCAGAUUGUGAGAUAUGAUCUAAAAGAACUUCGAGAUUUCGAUCUGGAUGGAGCUCCUUAUGGGUAUACUCCAUUUUGUGAUAGCCGCAGGGAAAUGGAUGGAUAUCGUUUCUGGAAAAGAGGAUACUGGGCAUCACAUCUUUUAAGACGGAACUACCAUAUCAGUGCUUUAUAUGUAGUGGAUCUCAAGAAGUUCAGGAGAAUUGGAGCAGGUGACAGGCUCAGGAGCCAGUACCAAGCUCUCAGUCAAGAUCCAAACAGUCUUUCAAACCUAGAUCAGGAUCUCCCCAAUAAUAUGAUUUACCAAGUCGCCAUUAAGUCUCUUCCUCAAGACUGGCUGUGGUGUGAAACCUGGUGUGAUGAUGAAUCCAAACAAAGAGCCAAAACAAUUGAUCUGUGCAAUAAUCCCAAAACAAAAGAAUCCAAACUAAAAGCUGCUGCCAGAAUUGUCCCAGAAUGGGUGGAGUAUGAUGCUGAGAUAAGACAACUAUUAGAUCAUCUUGAAAACAAGAAGCAAGAUACAAGCUCUACAAGAAGCAUGGCAGCAUCUGCUUCUGGGGAAGCCUCAAGGAGCUUUUAUUCAUGGUGAAAGGCAAAGCAGGAGCAGGUGUCUUACAUUGGAGGAACAGGACCACGAGAGAGAAGGGGAAGGUGCCACACACUUUUAAACAACCAGAUCUCACACUAACUCACUCACUAUCACAAGAAGAGCACCGAGGGGAUGCUGCUAACCCAUUCAUGAGGACUCUGCCCCCGUGGUCCAGUUACCUCCUACCAGGGAAUUAUACCCUCCCACCUCCAACACUGGGGAUGAGAUUUGGUGAGGACACAGAUCCAAACCAUAUCAUUGUGCUUAUUGGUCAUCUGUAUAUUAUAAGUUUUUUUGCAAAGUGCCUAUUCAAGAUUUUUGCUCUUUUUUAAGUUUUGGAUUUUGAAUUUCUUUGGAAAACAAAAAAAGCCCACUGAGAUUUUGAUUGCAACUCUUGUUUUAAAUCAGUUUGGUGAAGAUUAAUGUGUUGAUUAUGUUGAGCUUCCAAUUCAUAAAUAUGAUAUGUUUCUUGAUUUAUUUUGGUCUUUAAUUACUCCUAUCAGAGUUUUAGUUUGCAGUGUACAUAUUUUACUAAGAAUUUUAUAACUGAAUGCUAAUAUAAAUGGUAUUUUUAAAUUUCUUGUUGGUUGCUAAUACAUAGAAAUACAAUUAAUUUUUGUAUAUUGGACUUAUGUCCUGUGGCUUUGCUAUACUCACUUAUUAGUUCUAGUAGAGUUCUUAGGAAUUUGUUCAUAAUGGGUCCUGUUAUAGUUGUAGAGUUCACAGGAUUGUCUUCACAGUGGAUCAUAUCUUCAGCAAAUAAAACUAGUUUUACUUUUUCCUUUCCA